AGUGGAGAGAGUGAGGGGUGGGGGGCGAUCGAGAAUAGAGAGAGCGCAAGUGCACCGCGGCUCUUCCUCCCAGCAGGCUCCGGUCCAGCCUGUGUGGUCUGUCGGGUUGGGAUGUGUUCUCCUCCGCUGUUGCUAAGGAGAUGGGUGGCUCGAACGGAGCCGCGGACCGGGCUGAAUCGUCCACGUCGCCCCCUCAACAGUCUGCCGUCGUUGUGUGUGCGUGUGUGUUUACCGGAAUUAUUGCGAACAACGUGACGCGUCAGCGGCAGCUCUGCAGCACCACCACCACCACCACCACCACCAGCAGCAGCGGUAGCAGCAGCAACGGCGGCCAGGUCCAGUGGAGCUGCAGCCUAAGAGCUGAGGAGGCGAGGAUUUGACUGGGAACUGCUACACGGGCCAAGAAAAAGGGCGAGAGAGACGUGGCUGGACAAGAAGGGGCCGGCGAAUGCUACCCCCGAGGAACGUCGGCUGAGGCUUGAAAAGCGAGCAUGGCAUCAACAGGCAUGCAGAUAUUUGGAUUUGUGCUGGCGCUACUGGGCAUCAUGGGCGCCAUGGUGGCCACUCUGCUGCCCAACUGGAAGGUCAGCGCCGAUGUGGGCUCCAACAUCAUCACAGCCAUCUCCCAGAUGCAGGGACUGUGGAUGGACUGCACGUGGUACAGCACGGGAAUGUUCAGCUGCACUCUCAAGUAUUCCGUACUUUCACUUCCCGCGUAUUUGCAGACUGCCCGCACGACCAUGGUGCUGUGCUGCGUACUGGCGGCCAUGGGCCUUUGCCUUGCAUCUUUGGGACUCAAGUGCACGCGCUGGGGAGGGGGGCGGCGUUCCAAGCGGCAUGCGGCCAUUGCUAGCGGCGGCUGUUUCGUGGCCGCCGGGUUCCUGUGUCUGGUGCCUGCUUCCUGGUUCACCAACGAGGUCAUCACCAACUUCCUGGACUCCACUGUGCCCGAGAGCAAUAAGUUUGAGCCUGGGGGGGCUGUGUACGUGGCCUUUGUUUCUGCGGGAUUCCUUCUAAUGGGGGGGUCCAUCUUCUGCAUGUCUUGCUCUGGGAAGCGGCACGGCCCGCAGGACCUGGUCCUGCUCCCCCCGCCUGACAAAUUGCUGCUGCAGCAACAGCAGCAACAGCUGCUUCAACAACAAGAGCUCCAGCACCAGUAUUGCUCUCUCUCCCCGUUGGACAAUAAGACUGGCUAUAGCCUGCAGGACUAUGUGUAGGAAGGCAGCGUUGUGUGUGUGCACUAGCGGACGGAGGGGGUGGACUACCAUGGCUUAUGCUACAAGAGUAGGAUGCGCUUCGAACAGGUGGGGAUAAUAUGAAACGAAGAGUAACCAGCCCCUGCUCCUAUCUUUUUUUUUUUUCUUCCUGUUUUGCAAGCACAAGCAGUGGAGGUAAUCCCUGAGCAGCACCUUGGAAUAAACAGAGUGAAGGUAUCACAAGCACGGAUGAGGUGCUGCACAAUCGAAGGGAGCCGCUAACCAAAUGCAAGACAUCCUUCAUCGGUAAAUCACUAAGAGGGUUCCCUGGGGAGUGGAUUAAGCAAAUAAAGAUUUUUUUUUCCUCACCAAAGGUUGAAAAUGGAAAAAAAAAAGCAAUCACUUAGCUGCUAUUUACAAUCGUUUGGAGCUCUCUCAAUUGACAACAAAUGCAGUAGGUUGAAGUCUUUUUCAAAAAACGGCCAUAUUUUUGUUUGCUGUUGCAGUGACGUUGAUGUCUCGCCUCUAAGCAUGCGGUGUGGAGCUUGUCUUGUGUAUUAAUACAGCGCAAUGCCCGGUAGGAGUCCGAGACAUAGCCACGCGAUAUGCCUGUGCCUGAAAAACGAUGUAGAGAUAUUGGCGUGCUGUAAGUGUUCAAUGAGGAAAGAGGAGACGAGGGCUGCUGGGCAGGAUUUGAAAAAAAAUGUAGACCAACAGAUACCUGCUUUCCUCUCGGCAGGUGUGAGAGACGGAAAGAAACAAACGGCAAAAGAAAUUGAAUUGAGUGGAGUGGACUAUGUGGGAGUGGGCUGUUUUCAUAUUUCCAUUUCAGGCAAAAAAAACCACCCUGUCGGUAAACUGUCCAUUCCAGCCAAUAUAACCAUUCCACACAUGGACACCAGUGCCCAGUCACACAUACACACGCUCACUCCAACAUAUGUUUUUGUGAGUGUCCUUGUAGACACAGUAAACACAAACGCUUGCUUCUGUGUUUUUGCCCCUGCCAUCCUCCUCCACAGCACCAUGGAAACCAAAUUAUUGUCUGAGAGCUGCAGCUUGUCAGCCAAGUGAUUUGUUUAUAGUGGGACAUCUUUUUUUGUGUGUCUCUUCCCAUUGUUCCAUAAGCUUCAGUCAGAACCUCUGUGCACACUACUUAGCCUAAUCCCCUUUAUUAGCCAGUGAGAAGAAGCAGCAUCCACAUUAAAGGGUUAGCAUUUAGGCACAAACACGAAGCUCGUUAUAUGACAGGUAACUGAAAAAGGUUGGAGUCAUUCUCCAUAUCUGACUUGUUUUCCAACCGCAUCGGCAUUGAGUCUGCAUCCACAGAAGCUCUCAGUGUCUUAAAUAGGAGCCACUUGACUGCUGCUUGUCAUUCAUACCUGUCACAAUACACCAGCACGCGCUCCCCUCUUUACCCAUUUCCGUCACACAUCACGUGGCAGUGAUCACUGACUGGAGAAUGCUGAUGCAUGUUGAAAGCAUGACCCUCCAACCCCCCUGCAUACACACAUAACUCCCACCUACUCAAAUGUCACGGGCAAUGUUGCGCUUUCACACGUUCCCGUGCUAGUUUUUUGCGUCUGCUCUUUUCUAGAGAAGAAGGAGGGGAGGGAAUAUUGGAUUUGUGAUUGAGACAGGCUUUGGCUGUGACGCAAAAAGGACCGCACACUUCCCUCCUUCUCUCUCAUAAACACAUAGCUUCCUGUGGGGGGAGCAGAUGGCUAAGCCCAGCUUGCCACCUGCAGGCCGAUGCCGGCACACCACAAGGCGACACUGUGAGCAUCAUCUCCAGUCCUGGCAGCCCUCAGGGGCCAGGUUUCUACACCAUCUUGCCCCAGCAUCUCCAACAGAGCUGGUGCGCUCACAAUAACUCAGUGCCCAGGCACCAGAACCAAUGCAAUAAACAUAAAAAUGCUAAGAAUGUGCCAUGUCAUCGACUAAUACUGACAUUUUUGUGUUUCAAGAAUGUGCCAAAUACUGUAGUCUCAUGAUGACGCAUUUUAUUACUAUUUUGACUCCUUUAUCUUUAUUUUUUUAAACGUGUCGUUUGUACACGAAUUGUACAUUAGCGAAUGUUUUAUGGAUUUGUUCAGCCAGACUAAGUCUGAAGUCAACGAGAUGCUUGUGUGCAGUCCUAGGCAGCUUUCGAGGGUUAUUUCAAAUCCUCUUUAUUCCUGAUUUCCCAAAGCACAGUGAGAUUCACUAAGCCCGAGUGUGGGGAGGACUUGAGGGUGGUAUUUUCUAAACGAAUAUAUUUAUUUCAGGAAUAUCCAAAGCUCUGUGGUAACUGUACACAAGUGUCUAGGUGUUUGUUUAUGCUGAGGGACUUAGCAUUUCCUCAGAGUGUUCGAAUAGACGAUACAAUACCAUGACCACGCCAUAUCUUCUUUAUAAGAAGAGUACUCAAAUGCACCUUUUUUGUGUUACUAUUUUGAGAGUAGUUUGUUUCAAAUGGUUGAGCAUUUCAAGCUCCCUGCACCAGUACAAACACAACACAAGUGGCACUCUGGAAGGGGGGGAAAAAAAAAAAAAAAAAAAAAAAAAAAGGAAAUGUCUGACCGCUCCAGCAGGGCUAGCGGUUCCUCUCUUUUGUGUCUGUGCAGCUUGAUAUCAGCACGCAAUUUCAUUAGCUUAGAAACGGCCCGAGUGCAAAGUGGUCCUAAGAGUUACAAACGUGCAUAGAAACUGUACCGAGAUAUUAUCUUUUUGAUAAAACCGCAGCUUAUUUUUGUGGAUGCUUUAGCACUUCUUACUUUGCCAGAGCAUAUUUGUGAUGAAGAGCAGCUCACAAGUUCUGAUACAGUUGUCUCAAUGUGCUUGUGCAAGUAGUUCUAUUUUUUACCAAUAAAACUAUUUUAUGAAAACAACACGCCUGCUGGGUGUAUGUUACGUGUGUGUAUAAUAACUGUGAAGAUGGGAGCUACCAUUCCGUUGCCAAAUGUGCAGAUUGUUGGAUGGUACAAAUUGUACUGACUGCAUCCGACCAGCCAGGCUGCUAUUACGCAGCACCCGGGGGAGACGUGGCAUUGGUUUGACUGUAUGCAUCCAUAAAACAUCGCCAUGUGCAAAUGGGUUUUGAAGAAGGAAUUCUUCUCUUAAUGUCGCGCCCAAGCUCACCCAGCCAUUCCUCACCGAGAUGACAGCAUGAAUAAUAACCUUCCUGAGAGUUAAAGGGAACUGGACUCAGGAGAUUAAUUUUUUAUUUGUCCCAUGUAAAGCCAUUUGAAGUACCUUGAAAAUGAGUUUAUUAUGACAAUAAUAUAAAAAAAUAUGAUUGGACGGUAGGGUCGGGUUUAAUGGCAACACUCUUAAAUGUGUAAUUGUCAAAUGUAAUAGAUGCCAUAUAUCACGUCCAACAGCGUAAUAUUAGGAAGUGAAGGAGAACCCAAACAUUGGCAACACUAGCGUAGUUAUGUAAGCUACAGUGCAUUUUUUAAACAACAUUUUAACAGCAACAUUAUGCUGGGAAGUCCAUUCACUGAAAACAAGCUCCCACGUUUAUACCUGACCGACCAAUAGUUGGCAAAGCUCCAGGCAUUAGUUUAGGAUAUGUAGCGAAGCCUGAUUUUUAACAAUGCUUUCAUUAAUUGGUGGGCAAACACAUCACGUAGCUAGGGCCUGGUCAGAAGUGGUAUCAUGUCUAUGAAGAAUGAGAUUUUUGAAUUGAAAUUGAAAUCAUUUCUGUCAUAUGUACUGUCAUUUCCGAUAUAUAACCCGCUACUUUUUUUGUCAUGCCACAGUGACCCUCAUCAUUAAUGAUGUCUGAUACUACGGUUUCCGAUUCAAUACCGAGUAAAAUUGAGUCUGGUAUCUGCAAUACCGAUCCGAGAGCAUAGAGAAUCAAUUUAGGAGAUUAAGUAUCUGGUAUGAGAGGUAUCGAUAUUUCAGUACUAAUCCACACAUCAGUACUCAUGGUGGAGAAUAGAGGUGUGCAUGUGAUGUGGAUUUCAGGUUGAAGGCAAUCAAUCAAGUUGCUUUUGCAGUGUCGGGAGGUCCACGGUUGUCGGCGGGUUUCAGAAGGCUGGACAAGACAGCACAAGCUUGAAGGCUGUUUGGCCUUGGGUCGGGGGUGACGCUGGUAGCGACAACAAAGAAAGUAGAGAGACCAAUCGUGUGUGUGCUGAGGGAAUUGUGGACGACUUUUAGUUCCCAGGCGGAGGGCAAAGACAUUAGUGGCUGACUUUUCUAGUAGGCUACUGUUUAACCAGCCAUAUUACACCCCACUGUUCGGAAAAAAACAGAAAUUGACUUAAAAGUUAAAAACAAUAUUUUCUGUGUUCUAUAAAUAUCCCAUCUUACGAUGUGGACACCUAAAGACUGGUGUGGCCUAUAUGUCUACAAACCUACUUUUCCUCUAUAGUGCAGAAAAACAUAACAAAUGCACGUUGACAAGGGCAGUUAGAGCUUCCACUGCAAAAUGGUGCAAUAAUAUAACAAGUAACAUGCCACAAUAUGUAGCUAGAGAAUAGUAAACAUAUACAUUGCAUGUUUAAUGAUGAGGAGAACAAGAAAACUGUGGAAACCAUGUCAGUAAUUAUGAACGAUGCACAGCUAACUAUAGAACAGAGGUAGGGAACCUAUGGCUCGGGAGCCAGGUAGGGCUCUUUUGAUGACUGUAUCUGGCUCUCAAGCAUUUCUUACCACAAUAAAAAAUUAUUUUUGCUAACAUUUUAAAGUAAACCAUCACAGAAAUGACUGUUAAAAAUAAUAUUCAAAAUUAACAACUUUCUUAUGCAUUUUAAUCCGUCCAUCUAUUUUCUACUGCAAUAUGGCUGACAAUAUCCAUCUUUCUUGAAGAUAUUUUCCAGGUCAAACACCAAAACUCGAUUAUUAUUGGAUAAGGCGGUAGUCUACCUUGGUCAUUGAGAUGUCAACAUGUAAAUGUAGACUUUCCUCCUUUAGUCAAAUAGUCGCCUAGCUAAAGCUGCAGAACCAAGCCUUCUGGCAAAGAUGGCCAAAAGAAUUAAAUAUACGGAGUACGGUGCAAAACUAUGCAGCAGCAGAAGUUGUAUUAAUGGCAACAAGUAUUUGAUUUAUUGUUGGACACUGCGCUGCUCACGAAAGUGUGCUGGCCACACCCCAUUGGCGUGGGGUAGUGUGCCUGGUCUACGUAAUUGGAGCCCAUUAUAUCUAAAACUGUUGGUCUUACAUAAAAAUGCACACAUUUUAUUUCAUUCAAUGUUUAAAAAAAUGUAUAUGGCUCUCACAGAUACACAUUUUAAAAUAUCUGGCCUUCAUGGCUCUCGUAGCCAAAAAGGUUCCCGACCCCUGCUAUAGAAGCUGCAUAUACUGCAUACAAGUGAAGCAAAGAGAAGACACAAUUUACAUAAUAAUGUGGUAUUACUUUUCAUGUUAUGUUUACUGCUGUUUUUAUUGCUGAGAAAGGGCAGAGUUGCAUGAUAGAUGCCUAGUACAUUAUGCAGACCUGAUUUAUUACUUCGUACAGCCGUCAUACUUUAUUAUUGAUUAUUAUUAUUAUUAUUAUUUUUGCUUUUUGUAUUAAUUUUAUGAUUGGAAUGCUUUGCCUAAAUAAAUACCUUUU